AGCAUCAAUGCUAAAGAAAGCUGCAAUGUAAUCAAUAGCAUGAGAAGAUUGACAAGAAUGUUUACCAACAUGGACUUGCAACAUGGUGCAAGUCCAUGCAACAUGGACUUGCACCAUGUGCUUAUGCAUUGUUAUGGCCCCAACGAAGGAAAACCAGACGUUAGAGGGUUGAAAAUGAAAUAUCUCGGUACAAACAGAUCUGUGUUAUGAAGUAACGGCUGUGAGUUGGAAGUAAAACGCUGCAGUUUAACACAAAGUCCAAACUUCUGACCAAAUUCUUUAACAUGUAUUUCUUUGAAUCGUGACAAAAUGUAAUCCUCUCAUGAGAAAACGUGUGUGUGCAUAACUCAGAGGAAAAUAAUUAGCUUAGCACUGCAGUUCAGUUUGAGAAGGCCUGCGGACCGUCUGGUUCUGGAGUCGCCUUGCAGACGCAGCACUGUGUUUCCUCACAGAGGAUCCAGUUUAUUUGUGUCGCACAUUUCAACAACAAGGCAGUUCAACGUGAUUUAUGUCCUAAAAACACAAAAAUACAAGAGACACCACACAGUUUAACACAAAUUGAGAAAUCUGGCAAACAUGACAUUUUAUGGAGCGUCAACGUGAAACAUGUUGGUAAAUGUUUCAUUCAGCUCCUUCAGACUAGCCGGCAGCGAUCCUGCAGCUGUUGCUCUUUCAGCAGCUGCCUUUUUAGAGAAUCAAUACUCCAGUUUUGUCGCAAUAAAUCAGAUUAAAUGUAAAUAUAAUCAAUUUCAGCAGUGUUGUAAACACAGUGCAGUCAUAUUUGUUUCAACACCCAAGUUCUGCAGGAUAAAUAAAUCCUGGGAAUGUUCUGCGUGUUUCCGACUCGUCUCGUUCUGCUUCCCGUAAGGAGAAGCGGUGCUGGUCCGGCAGCCUGUUGUCGCUUUUCUAUUUUCUGCCCUCUGUGUUUCUGCAGCUGCUGCUUGUCACUCACGGAGUUUCCUGCGUGAAGGUCGGCGGGCAGAGCGGGUUCUGGUCCAGUCAGGCGGUCCGCCAUGGAGCUGCAGCGAGCUGCGCUGGUCGCCCUGCUGCUGCUGACGCUCUUCUCCUCAGAGUGUUUGUGCCGCAACGAGGAGGAGCGUCUGAUCAACCACCUGUUCGUGGAGAAAGGAUACAACAAGGAGCUGCGACCCGUGAAGAAGCAGCAGGAGGUGGUGGACGUUUACCUGGCGCUGACGCUCUCCAACCUCAUCUCUCUGAAAGAAGUAGACGAGACGCUGCUGACCAACGUGUGGAUCGAUCACACAUGGACCGACUACCGGCUGUCGUGGAACGCCAGCGAGUUCGACGGCAUCGAGAUGCUGCGCCUGCCGCCCAGCAUGGUGUGGCUGCCGGAGAUCGUCCUGGAAAACAAUAACGACGCCCAGUUCCAGGUUGCCUACUACAGCAACGUCCUGGUGGAUCCGUCUGGUCUCUGCUACUGGCUGCCUCCCGCCAUCUUCCGCUCCUCCUGCUCCAUCAACGUCAACUACUUCCCCUUCGACUGGCAGAACUGCACGCUCAAGUUCACCUCCCUGACCUACAACGCCAAAGAGAUCAAGAUGCUGCUGAAGAAAGACGGGAACGAAACUCACACGCACACCGUGGAGUGGAUCAUCAUCGACCCGGCCAGCUUCACAGAAAACGGCGAGUGGGAGAUCAUCCACCGGCCGGCCAAGAGAAACAGCUACAAGCACAUUCCCAUGGAGAGCAACAAGCACCAGGACAUCACCUUCUACCUGGUCAUCAAACGCAAGCCGCUCUUCUACAUCGUCAACAUCAUCAUCCCCUGUGUGCUCAUCUCCUUCCUGGCCUCGCUGGUCUACUACCUGCCUGCCGACAGUGGGGAGAAGAUGACGCUGUCCAUCUCCGUCCUGCUGGCUCAGUCUGUCUUCCUGCUGCUGAUUUCCCAGCGGCUGCCGGAGACGUCCAUGUCCGUCCCCCUCAUAGUCAAAUAUUUGAUGUUCAUCAUGGUUCUCGUUACCAUCGUCGUGUUGAACUGUGUCGUCGUUCUCAACCUGCACUUCAGGACGCCCAGCACACACGUCAUGUCUGAAUGGACCAAGAAGUUUUUCCUGGAGCGGUUGCCCCGGAUCCUCCACAUGGCCCAGCCAGCGGACGACGAGCCGGCGUGGGACGGAGCGUUGCCACGGCGAUCCAGCUCGGUGGGAUACAUCGCUGCAGCCGAGGAAUAUUACAGCAUCAAGUCCCGCAGCGAGCUGAUGUUUGAGAGGCAGUCAGAGAGACACGGACUGUCCAAACGGCCCACGCCGGCCUCAGUGUUGAAGCCGGUGGAAAGCGACGGAGCGAUGGAUCAGCUGUACGGGGAGAUGAAGCCGGCGGUGGACGGAGCGAACUACAUCGUCCAACACAUGAGAGACAAGAACGACUACAACGAGGAGAAGGACAACUGGAGCGGCAUCGCCCGAACGGUGGACCGGCUCUGCCUCUUCCUCAUCACCCCGGUGAUGACCUUCGGCACCGUCAUCAUCUUCCUCAUGGGGAUCUGUAACCACCCCCCCCGCCUGCCCUUCCAGGGAGACCCGCACGACUACAGCGAGGACAACCUGCGCCUGCUGGAGUAGAACCGGAACCGGCAGCCCGGUUCCGGUUCUACUCAUUUAUCCACUUCAUGUUUGAAUCGUCUGAGUUUUCUGAGGUUGAAGUGAAUAUUUUGGUUCUGGUUUUCUUUACUUUGUGUCUCCAAAACAUCAGUUUGAUUUAAAUUACCUAGAAGUAUUGCACAGCGAGACAAGUUUUAUUUUUUAAUGAAUGCCAUCAUUUACUUCUGCAUUCACCAAACAUAACAAUAUAAAUGUCAUUUUAUUAUUUAUUUAAAAAAUUAUUUUAGAAAAUUGAGAAUUAUUUUUUUGGCUGCCAAAAAAUGGCUUCUGAUAAAAUUGUAUGAUUUUUUCUGAAUUUUCAUUUUGCCAGCUUUAAUAAAUGAACUUUAUUUUAUGUUUUCAAUAAAAAAAACAAAAACUUCAAAAGUCUUCAAAAAAUGGCAACUGAUCAAAAAACGUGAUGCUGAUUUUCUCUGUUUGCUUUAAAAAUGACAUGAAAAAUUAAAUGAAAAACAAAAAUGUAAUUAUCACCAAAAAUACUUAAUAUGACUUCAGAUGUUCUUCAAUUUCUUUCAACACAGAUUCAUAAAUGUGACGGUUCAGGGAAUCAGAUGGUUAUUAAUAAUAAUCAUUCACAAUAAAACCACAGGGGAAUAAAAUUACUGCAUGUUUGUUGCUUUAAGUGUCUAAUAUUCUAAUUUAUCCUUUAUUUUGUAAAGAGCAAUAAAACCAAAUAAAA